AUAUAUGCAACCUCUCAACAGCUAAAACAACACGCCGCGCGGACAGCGAUGGUCCAAAGUCUGGAUUGUUCCUUUUAUUAAAGAGAACUGAUAAAGAUUCAGGCUAAAAUCAUAAAAGGAAUCCAAAGGUCUGACGGAGAUAAAAGGGAGUCCAAAGGGCUUUUACUGCACAUUAACAAUCGAAGGACUGUGGGGAGGCAGUGAGACGAUGAACAACCAAAGUUGGGAAUAAGGUUUGAUGAUGGGCGACUGAAGAAAUUCCCGGGAGAAGGUUUGUCCCAGACCUGAUCCCCGUGACAGGAGACUCAAGGAACAGAUUCUAAAGGGAGCCCCGGGGUCUCGAUGCGGAGCCUGGAGUCCUUUGGCCACCGGUUGCCCCUGGCUACCCCGCACAAGGCACUGACCCCUCCACUGGGAUGGGAGUGGUUCACUGCGCUGUGUUGUUACUGCACGGGAUCCUCAGCUCAGUCCACGGUGAAUUUGUCCUGUUUGCACCGAGCGAUGGUUUUGUAGCCACUGUAGGUUCAGAUGUGGUGUUGGAAUGUCGGCUUGUCCCAAAUAUAUUGACCAGCAACAUGGUUGUGCAGUGGAUGAAGUCAGGUCUCACCUCGCCAGUCCUCGUGUACAGACUCGGACAAAGUGACACCCUUGCUCAACACCAGGAUUACCGAGCAAGGGCCGAACUGUUUAACGAUGAAGUGACCAAAGGGAACAUUUCCCUCAGAAUAAAGAACGUAAGGAGGUUUGAUGAAGGGGAAUAUACAUGUUCAGUUAAAGAGGGAACCAAGUAUGAAGAAUCUCCAGCUCAACUGCGAGUUCGAGCUUUGGGGAGUUUGAUCCGGAUUCAGUUGCAGCGAUACCAGGGAGAUGGAAUCCAGCUCGUGUGCAAGUCCGGUGGAUGGUAUCCAGGACCAAAGAUGCUGUGGAUCAGUGAGGAUGGACAGAUUAUACCACAAGCUGAAACAAGAUACCAUGAAGAUACGGAGGGUCUGUUCAAUGUGGAGAGCAACGUGACAGUAACGAGGCAAUCAACAAACAAGUUCAAGUGUGUUAUUCAAUACAGAUGGUUAAACAUACGACGUGAGGCAAUUGUUAAAAUAUCAGAUGAUAUCUUCCCUGGAGUUCUUGACUGGGUCGUGCCGCUGGUCCUCACCAUUUGUCUUCUCGUUGCCGCCCACUGUGCUGUGUUUUAUUGGAACGUGAAACAAAACAGACGCAUUAAAGAGCUGCAACGGCGCAAAUCCAUCGUAGAACUUGAGUGGAAAAGGAUACGUAGCCACCAAGUCUCCGUCACCCUGGAUGUGGAAACAGCGCAUCCGCAGCUCGCGGUGUCUGAGGAUCUUAAGAGGGUGAGACGGCAACGGACUGGGUUCGAGAAGAAUGUGCCUGACACCGGGAAAAGGUUUACAGACUUGUGGUGUGUGCUGGGAUCGGAGGGAUUCACAUCGGGGAGACAUUACUGGGAGGUGGAGGUAGCGGGGUGUGAGUGGUGGAAUAUGGGAGUCGCCGCAGAGUCUGUGGAGAGGAAGAGACGGGUCAAACUGACCCCGGAGACUGGAGUCUGGAGCAUCGCGCAGCAGGGUGUCGGGUUUAAUGCAUUCACCUCCCCUGAAACCCCUCUCCCCGCCCGUCCCAUCCCCAAGAAGGUGGGAGUUUAUCUCAGUUACGAGUCGGGGAUAGUUUCAUUUUACGACGCAGACACCAAUUCCCAUCUCUACGCCUUCACUGGGAAUACAUUCACGGGGAAACUUUAUCCGUUCUUCUCGCCUUGGCAUAAAGACAAGUGGAUGACAAUCUGCUCCGGUUCCACUCCGGGUGUGUAAAAGGGUCGGGUCCAGGGACCGACGUCAGGAGCGGGGCUCGGGGGCUGUGGGGCAGAAACCCGGUGGACAACAGGUCGGCGCUGAACAGCUCCCAUUUAAUCCCCAAAUUCCGCGUCGUAAAAACCCCAGUGAGCGCGGAAAUAAAACCAGGGGGAAUGUAAAUGUGGCCUUGCUGAGGCUGCAUGAAGUGUAGAUAUGUACAAAAUUAUGAGAGGAAUAGAUCCGGUAGAUGCACAGAGUCUCUUGCCCAGAGUAGGGGCAUCGAGGACCAGAGGACAUAGGUUCAAGGUGAAGGGGAAAAGAUUUAAUAGGAAUUUGAGGGGUAACUUUUCCACACAGAGGGUGGUGGAUGUAUGGCACAAGCUGCCAGGGGAGGUAGUUGGGGCUGGGACUAUCCGAUCAUUUAAGCUACAGUUCGACAGGCACAUGGAUAGGACAGGUUUGGAGGGAUAUGGACCAAGCGCAGGCAGGUGGGACUAAUGUAGUUGUGCAAGUUUCCAUACUGUAUCACUCUAUGACUCUUAGAGUCAAUGGAAGGGAGGUUGGUUUGCGUGAUGGUCUGGGCUGCGUCCACAGCUCUCUGCAAUUUCACGCUGUGGUCCAUCCCGAGUUAGGAGAAGGGUCUUGUCGUGAAACGUCACCCAUCCUUCUCUCCAGAGAUGCUGCCUGUCCUGCUGAGUUACUCCAGCAUUUUGUGUCUAUCUUCGGUAUAAAUCCGCAUCAGCAGUCCCUUCCGUUUGACUAAAUGCUUUCUGCGGCGCAUCUGUAGAUUAGUAAGGGCGUCAAAGGUUUCGGGGAGCAGGCAGGUAAAUGGGGUUGGGAGGUAAAACAGAUCAGUGAAUGAAUGGUGCAGCAGACUGAAGUCCGGGACAGUUGUAAUACCGCCUGCAACCAGACGAUGGUGAUGACGGGCUGUCCAGAGCUUGGAGGUACACAAAAAUGCUGGAGAAACUCAGCGGGUGCAGCAGCAUCUAUGGAGCGAAGGAAAUAGGCAACGUUUCGGGCCGAAACCCUUCUUCUGUCCAGAGCUCGGUGGUGCAGUUUGACAGUGCAGCACCCCCACCUGCUGCUGGCAGCCGGUACUGCGGGGAGAGCAGGGACAAAAAACUCGGCUGGUCGGACAAGGCAGAGGAGUCUUAACAAUAACAAUAUUUAAAAAAAACAUUGAGACAGGUGCAUGGAUAGGAAAGGUUCAGAUGGAUAGGGGCCAAAUACAGGCAGGUGGUACUAGAGUAGAUGGGGCAUCAUGGCCGGUAUGGACGAGGUAGCCCGAACGGUCUGUUUCCCAGAUGAAUGUGGGUAUAUUGGGC